UGUGUAAAAGAUGAUGCCCUUUCCUGCUUGAGGUGACCAGUUCUUCACUGUGAAUUGUAAAAGAAUGUGGAGAGGCUCAAGCCUCUGCUGUCUCUUGGCAGUAGCACAUCUGUAUUUCCUGAGGUCGGUCCACAGUCAAGAGAAAGAGGUGCUUGGAGCGGCAUAUGUUCCCGUCACUCCACAUAUUGAUCACUUGACUGCGAACUCUUCAACCCGCACGUUGAAUCUGGAGUGGAAUGAUGGCGGCUCAGCUGUCCCAGUUGACGUGGAAAUUCAGAAUGUUACCUGGGAAAUUCAGAUUUUGCGCAAAGAUCCCAUGGAGACUGUGGCGCUGGAAACCUAUCAUUCAAAAUUAACUGCUAAUAAAAUGACCAUCCUCCACUGGAGCUGGACAUCAGACAUACCUUUGGAAUGCACCACUCAUUAUGUCCAGAUUCGCUGCUACCAUCACUUGAAAGACUUUCCAGGGACCACAUCAUGGAGUGAGUGGAGUUCGCUUGCCAAGAUACCAGGGCAAGAUACGGGCUCUGUGCUUAAAGUGUUUCCUGUGGACGAAGUGGUACAAGUAGGUUCCAACCUGACUUUCUGCUGCGUGUGGAAGACAGGACAGCAAUUCGACAGCAUGGGGUAUGGCUCUUAUCCACCUGGCCAGAGCCCAGAGCCUGUCCAUCUCUCCAACUGGAGUGUUGUGAUCUAUGUGCCCAAUGUUAACAAGAGCAUCACAUCUGGGGAUAAUGCAUGGUGUAGCAUAAAUCCCAUUGAUGUCACUGGAACCACCGUCUUUAUAGGCUACCCCCCUGAUAUUCCACAAAGCCUAACCUGUGAAACAUCAGAUUUUAAGGAAAUCACUUGUGAAUGGAAAGGAGGAAGGCCAACUAAUUUGUAUAGCCCUCAGCGAAGAACGAACUAUACUUUAUUUGAAAGUAUAUCUGGGAAAAACGUUACAUAUAACGAAAAAGAAAAUCCUGAAUAUUAUCGCUGCAAUUUUUCCGUUCUUGACAAUCAGAGAAUAUAUAACUUUACAGUCCAUGGCGUCAAUCCCCUGGGUCAAUCAGAAGCCUCUAUUUCAAUUGAUAUAAAUUAUAGAGUUCAUCUACAGACCCCUACAGCUUUAACUGUGAUUAACAAUAACCCAACUCAUGUCACACUGUCUUGGCGUCUGUCUGGCAACUUGAAACCCAUUAUGCUUCGGUGUCUGGUUCGCAUUAACAGUAGCGGAACUACAGAAGGUUUGCGAAAUGUUCAGCUGAACGGUACCGAAAGUUCGGAUUACUCGGUCUCUGUGGACAAAUUGCGUCCGUACACAAAGUAUGUCUUCCAAGUUCGUUGUUCAGCUGCUGAGCCCUUCUUCUGGAAGUGGAGCAGAUGGAGCGAGAGUAAACACUACACAACUCUGGAAGCCCCUCCGGCGAAAGGACCAGAUGUUUGGCGGGAGAGGAGUCCUGAUGGAGAAACUGUAAACAUCUUUUGGAAGCCGCUGCCCCUUUCUGAAACAAACGGAUUGAUACAGAAUUAUGAAGUGUGUUGGACUGAACAAGAUAAAGGCAAGGUCACUCAGAAGGUUCCUGCACACAACAACAGCAUUGCAAUAAAACUUGGGGGGAAAGAUUAUGAAUUUCGUGUCGUGGCAGAGAACAAAGCGGGCUCCUCUCCUCCUUCUCUCAUAAAGAGUGCAGAAGUUCUCACUGAUAGUCCCAUGACAGAAGAAGGUUUUGCAACAGGAGAUGGCGUUUCCAUCGCUUGGCACAAUGAUUCUGAAGUCACCUGUGGCUACACAGUCAGAUGGUGUGCCCCCGGGCCUGGACCCUGUGUUGUAGAUUGGGAAACAUUUCCUUCCAAUGUGACACACGCUGUGAUCAAAUCUGCUCUUUUCGAGCCGGGAGUGAGAUACAGUUUUACUGUCCUUGGCUGCAAAGACAAUGGAUAUCAGCUAAUGAAAUACAUAGAUGGCUACACAAAAGAAUUGAGUCCAAGAAUAGCACCCAAGGUGUUGGUGAAAGAUACCACUUCAGAUUCCAUCACGAUAACGUGGGAGAUGUUUCCUGUCAAUGAGAGUGGCGGUUUCUUAAAAGGCUACUUGCUUCAGUUUGCCAAAGGGGAGGAAGGCAGAAUAAAGCCCCGGGGGUUUGAAACAGGUCAUCCAGAGUUGUUUAACAUUACGAAGCCUACGCAAACAAAACUCAAAAUAUCGAACCUUCAAGGGAAAACUAGCUACCACCUGAAUUUAAGUGCCUACACUGCUGGAGGAAUUGGACCUGGGGUUAGCUUGUACGUGGUCACGAAGGAAAAUGCGGUGGGAUUAAUCAUUGCCAUCAUUAUCCCCGUGGCUAUUGUUGUGGUGCUCGCAUUGGUGACCAGCCUCCUUUGCUACCGGAAGAGGGAAUGGAUUAAAGAAACCUUCUAUCCUCCCAUUCCAAACCCCGUGAACUGUAAAGCUUUGGAGUUCCAGAAGGGUCCAUGUGAGGGGAAGGCUAACCUUAAAACCUUGGAGAUGAAUCCAUGUACCCCCAACAACAUUGAAGUGGUUGAAACACAGUACCCGUGCCUGAAGGUGGAGGACACUGCGAUUACGUCACCCAUGGCAGAUGAGCUUCCAGAAGACGGGUUUGACUCUGAGACAGAGAGCCAUAUUGUUGUCUCCUAUUGUCCGCCGAUCAUAGAAGAGGAGAUUUCCAACCCGCCAGGAGACGAAUCCGCAGCGUCUUCCCAGGUCGUUUAUAUUGACAUCCAGUCUGUGUAUCCUCCUCAAGUAAAACUGAAGGAAGAACCAGAGGCGGACUAUGUCGCUGCUGCAGGCUAUAAGCCCCAAAUGCAACUGCCUAUAAAUAGCUUACUAAAAAUAGAGGAGAUGUCAUCUGCAGAAGAAGAUGUGGACAAGGCUGCAGGUUAUAGACCUCAAGUGAAUCCACCCACCUGGAACACGGGCUGCCCAGAUUCUCCUGGAUCCAUUGAGAGCAACAAAGAAAAUGCCUCGUUUGGGAGCCCUUGUUCAAUUAAUUCUCGACAGUUUUUGAUCCCGCCCAAAGAGGACGAAGAAUCCCCCAAAGUCAUUAACACAGGGUGGUCCUUCGCAAAUUUCUUUCACAACAAACCAAAUGAUUCGCCCUAG